UUUAAGUCACUUUAGAUCAAUAUUUACAUGAAAACUUAAAGCUUUAAAAUUUUGAUUAUGGCUGCUCUAUAUAUGAAUGAAAGUUUCACAAAAAAUGACAAUAAUAUAGAAGAAGGUAUUGUCAAAGAAACGGAUAUAAAGACUGAUGUGUAUGAAUCGCUACAGACAACUAAGGAGUGCGAGUUAUAUCAGGCAUUAGAAAAGAGAAAAUCAAUUCAGGAAGUUGACACGAAGCGAUGUAAAGUUAUUUCAGGGAAGAAAAUGAUAUAUAUGUUUCUCAUUUUUCUGUCGGCAACAGUCAUUGGGACACUUACUGGCGUUAUCAUUCUUUCCGCUUCUACUACUAAAACAGAUGGAAGCUGGGAAAACUGGCAGAUGUGGAGUAACUGUAGUGCUGACUGCGGUAGUGGUUUCAGAACAAGGUCAAGGACUUGCUCAAAUCCAACACCGUCUCCUUUUGGAAGAUAUUGUUAUGGAAACCCCAUUGAUAUCGCGUCGUGUGAAAACCACAAUUGUGAUGUUUGCCAGUCUCGACCAUGUCAUGCCGGUAUCUGCAUAUCAGAAGGGGAAAAGUUUGAUUGCACAUGUCUGUAUGGUUAUACAGGACGUUUUUGCGAACAUAAUAUUGAUGACUGCAGCUCAGUUACGUGUGGUAAUGGAACAUGUAUCGAUGGUAUUGGUGAGUACAGCUGCUCGUGCAACGAUGGAUUCGAUGGAACCUACUGUGACCAGGUAAAAACAGAUGAUUGCCUUGACAUUUUACGGUACGGGGAAAAUAAAGAAGACGGGGUUUAUACAAUCAGAACAUGGAAAAGCCGUCAGCUUAUUGAAGUAUAUUGCGACAUGACCACAGAUGGGGGCGGAUGGACAAUGUUCCAGUACCGUUUUAAUGGAUCAAUGGAUUUUUACAGAAAUUUUUCUGAGUAUGAGCAAGGAUUUGGAAAUUUGAAAACUGAAUUCUGGCUUGGUCUGAGGUACAUUGAAGAGUUGGCGAGUCAAGAACGUACUGAACUAAGGAUCGAUUUAGAAGCAGCAAAUGGAACAACAGGAUUUGAAACAUUUGACAAUUUCUCCCUUUCCGCUGGACCGGCGUAUACCCUGCAUAUUGGAUCAACUAUAGCUUCUUCGGGCAUUUCCAGCGGGUACAGGUUUGGUCCAUUCCACAAUGGCAUGAAUUUUACAACAUACGAUCACGAUGCUGAUCCUAGUAAAACUCGCAACUGUGCUGUUUCGUUCCACGGUGCCUGGUGGUAUAGAAAUUGCUUUAAUGCCAAUCUAAAUGGCAAAUACUUGACACCAGGGACAGUGAGACCGCUGUCUAUGAAUUACGAAAGCUUCUUAAGUUUUGGUUACACUUCCUUGAAAUCCAGCAAGAUGAUGAUGAGAAGAAAUUAAAAAUCGUAAUAAUUAAAUGUGAGAUUCAAAUUGUAUGUGGUUCACAUGUUUACUUUCUCAUUUCCAAGUGAUUCAUUUUAAUUGACUGAUAAAUGUAUGUGUAAUAUUUCAUUUCCUUGUUGCAGUACAUAUGUAUGUACAUAUAUUGCCAUGUCAUAUAUUUUUCUUUGAGUUUAGCUGUACAAUUUGCUGUCUGUAUAUUUUGUAUGAACACAUAUACAUUUUGUUUUAUGACAUAUGCUAUACCAUGUCGCUGUUGUUCUGUGUUAAGCGCAUCUCAUUCAUGAAUGUAUUUUUCGAUCGAAUGAAAUGAAAAUAAAAUAUUCACGGACUGUUCUACAUUCAAAAUAUUUGUUUUUAUUUAACUGUGUAGAGCAUUAAAGCAUCAGUAUCGCAGUCUGUGCAUGAAUGAAACAAUACGCUUAAAACUAUGAUUGAGUUUGCGAAAAGCGUCAUAAGACAAAAUAAUACAUACUAAUUUAAUAACUCCUUUAAGUUUCAUUGGAAUCUGAAAAUGUCGACAUUUUUUCCAUAUUGACGUUCAAUUGUUAAUAUUGAGUGUGACGUCAGUUUCAUUUAUGUCGUCGAGAUUAAAAGGUCUUUAUCGAUGAUAAUUUCAA